AGUACCAUUGUUCAAUCCAAUCCGAGAUCCGAUUAGUUAUCGUAAACACCCAGUAUUUGUCAUUGCCAGAUAAAAAUAGGUCAUUCGUCUUCUGUAGUGACAAAAUUAAUUUUGUGUGGCUCAUUGAAAUAAAAGAAGAGAAGACUGUUAUUUUGAAAAUAAUAAAGAAGACACGAUGUCAUUUCAAAUUGAUUUUGUAAAUUUUUCCCAGCAAAUGAUUCCAACAUUAACGAUUGAAUUGAUUGGACACUAUAGCAUUAAUGGUAAUUCGCAAUAUCUUGACAAUUUAUCGCAACUGAAGUAUUACGUUCCUCCUUCAAAUCCUAACAAUGUGAAUUUCGAUCUCAUAAAAAAUUUUGAGUCUACUCACCACAAAUCUACUGAGCAUACAAAACUAGAUAAUUUAUUAAGAUGGAUUUCCAAUCAUUUUGAUCGACUUGACCGACCACUAUCAACGCAGAAAGAACGUUGGUUGGACAUUGAUUUUAUUUUCGAUCGUGGGGCAAUAAAAACAAUAUUAUCUAGUCCAUAUAAAAAAAAUGAUGGAUGGAUUAUUUGUGCCAGUAAAUAUCGUGGUACAAUAUAUUUGUGCAAAUUUUAUACUGAUAAAAAAGAAUAUCAGGAAGCCAACAGAACACUGUUAGAACAACAAACUUGUUCAUCGGGAUAUAAAUUUGAACAAUAUAUGGUAGCAGAUCAUCCAGCACAUAAACCAGAUCCAUCGCUGUCUCUUAAUGAGUGUGAAGAAUUUCUGUGUAUGUUUAAAGCAAAAUUUGGUAAUCAUUCGUUAUUGUACUCAGCAGAAAUUGAUGGUAUUGUCUCGCAACAGUUUAUUACUGAUACACUUAUUGGGAAAACUUUUGAAAUAAUCGAAUUGAAAACAUUUCCAAUGUAUAAUAAAAAUGGAGACAUAUUUUUUUUUUCCCAAGAAAGAAUAUCAGAAUGGUGGAAUCAGAGCUACUUAGCAGAUAUAAAAAGAAUUAUAUGCGGAUUAAAAGAUAAAAAUAAUAUAGUGAGAAUGAUAAAAGAAUAUCCUGUUUGUUCUUUGCCGAAGCUUCCAAAAUGGUCUUGUGAUAUGAACAGGUGCAAAAUAUUCUGUAACAGAUUUUUAAACAAAAUCAAAAGAAUUGUCAUUAAAGAUCAUAAUGAGUGCAUGUAUAAAUUUCACUGGAACCCAUCUACUAAAAAUGUUGUGAAUUAUAAUGAAGAAGCUCCUGAUCACGAAAAGUAUUUCUUUUUGAAGCCAUGGUUUGUUGAUAAAGCAGAGGAGUACAAGAAACAUUCUCAGUAAAUAUUAGAAUCUAAAUCAUUUUCACUCUCAUUUAUUUUUAUUAUAAACUUAUGAAUUAUAAUACUAAAUUUAUUAUAACACUAUAUAAUUACUGCCGUUUUUUUAAAUCGUAGUAUUAGAAUAAAAAAGUGUAAGUGUUAUGUAUUAAAAAUUUUAAUGUUCAACUAACACUCAUCAUGUAAAUCUGAGUAAAUGAAUGACAGUAAAUAAGGAGACAAUAUUAGAUACAUGUAGCUGUAAUCGAAGAAAAAGUAUUUAGGACAUUGAUUGUCAGAACUGUUAAUAAUAGGUUUAUACUUUAUAUUUUUAUUUUUCCAUUUAAAUAAGCAAUUAUUUUUCAAAUUUGUUUUUAUGUUAUUUAUAUUAAAGUUUUUAUUUGAAUAAUGAUGGAAAUAAAAUUGUUAUUAUGUAUUUAAAAAGUUACAAAAGCAUUACUGUUACUAUGUACUUAAAACGGCAGUAAUUGAGACAGUUAAUUUAGUAUCCAGAAUCUUUCUCUAAUUGUAGAUCAUUUAAAAUUAAAAAAUAUAUAAAAAAUAG